AUGGCGCAUUCUGGUAUUUCUGCUGGUGCAAAGGGCAGACUUGUCUCGGUGAUUGGAGACGAAGUAAGGCUAGAGUGAUAUAUUCAAUUGAUUUAAAAAAUACUUAUAACAAAUGAGAAAUGUUUUUCUCUUCCUUCAAGGAUACAUGCACUGGGUUUUUACUGGGAGGAAUUGGAGAAAUCAACGCCAAAAGGCAAAAGAAUUUUUUGGUUGUAACGAAAGGUAAGCUCAGUUUAAAUUCAAAGACCUUUCUAAAUUUAAUCAGUUAAUUCUCUCUCAAAACUUUCCCAGUGAUAUUUACGGUACGUUUGAAACAGUUUCUCUCGGCGAUUUUAAGACUCGGGGCUUGAACAAUCGAUGCAAAUCGAUAUUAAUUUAUCGAUUGAUAUUUAAGCUUCCAAUCAACGAACAAUCUAUCACGAAAGUUUUUGUGAUUAUCGAUUGUCAUCAAUUAUCGAUUAUAUGGGAAACAAUCAAUUAGAAACAUCGAUUUUCAUUGAUUAUUUAUUUCAUUGAUUACCAAUACAGUAGAAGCCCUUACUAAAAUCGACAGAAAUGUUCCACACUACUGAUAGUUGUACGUCUCAUGUUGGCGAAAAUGGGAAAGUUGGAAAGUUCCCUGGCCAGGAAUCACCCUGGAAGUUAAAGGGACUGGUUCAUGAUAAUGCACAUGUGUCAGUUCUGACAGUAGCUGAUUGUUUUUCAACCAAUCGGAAGCUAGUUAGAUGCACGCAAGUAAAUUUACAAAAUUCAAAUUAAUUGUUCGCGACGCGAGAGUAUUUGCGGGCAUUUGGUUUGAUUUUAUUUAUCCCCAUAAUUCAAGUUUAUUCUUUGCUACUCCUCAGAUAUAUGUUGCAGUCGAUAAGAAUAAGAUUUACAGCCCUGUCCUGCUUUGAAACAAACAUUUACCAACGUGUAUUUUUACGAGGUCGUACCCACGCUGACAAAACAGUCACCGAUCGGCAAACAAAAUUUGUAAACAAACAUCUUGUUACUGUUCUCUCAGUUCGCCUUAUAUAAACCCAGAAAUACCUACAAUUAGCGCCUGACCAGUGACAAAAACACACAACGUAUGAGUAUAAAGAUUAUCCUUAACUGAGCAUAAAUUUCAAUUGCUUAUCAGCAAAUGAACAAAUUCAUUCGCGUUGCAUUGGGUCAAUGUUCCACAAAACAAAUGUUAUCGAGUAGCACACAGAAAGAAACUAGAUUAUAAACAGAAUAUUCAGGGAAUAAUUUAUUUUAAAAACAUCAAUUCUUAAACAUAUACGUUCGUAAAGCAAAGAUACAAGGAACAUUUCAAGUGUACCAGAUCGGUGAAGAUCGCGUGGCCUGUUGCGGUAUAACUACAGGUCGGAGUCAAAAAUCAAAUCAAAGUUGAACGAACUCAUGCCUUUAACCACUUUCCAAGUGUUGUGUAUUCUUUUCGUAAGCCACACACUACUCCUAGAACCAUACCAGAUCGAUAUUUUAAGCUUCUCUAUCUCCAAAGACUCUUGGGAAUGUCCUGUUGCCGGACGGCCACGAUGCUCUUCUGAACCUCCAUGAUCAAAACAUUAUUUUUUGUGUCUUCUUAAAACGUAACCAGUCAAACGACACCACCACACGUUAAUCACCACUACCGAAGUAUAACUAGACCAGCCAAAGCGACGGAUGUCCGAAUAAAACGAAGGAUUCUCAAUGAUUGUACCGGUAAUGGCGAUUUCGAAUUUAGUGUUGACCCGACAAAUUUAUUCUGAAGAGACAAACGGCACGCAUGUGCAUUAUCGUGAACCAGUCCCUUUAAAAGGCCUCACUAACCUCACUUGCUUGGGAUUGUACUGGGUAAUGUUAGUCCUCCAUUGUUCAUGUACGGGCCUUGCUUUGCUCAGUUCUUAACAACCUUGGGCCAAUAUUACCCAGUAAUGGCAGUAUGGCCUACAUGUACGUGCUCAGCUUAGCAGUGUUGUCAAAAGUAGGUGGCUACUGGACUUGGCGUUUCUUUAUGGAUGGCGUUUUUUAAAUAAAAUAUACCUGGACUGGUUGCUUACUUUGACAACUCAGCUGUCUACUUCAAAACUUUCUGACAACCCUGGCUUAACAGUGGUUAGUAAGGGGUUCUUCCAACUUAUAUUGCAAACUUGACUCUUCCAUCACUGAAAAAACUGACCUUAAAUAGGCAUUUUUUCUACUGUUUCUUUUUUCUCUUUAAUCUUCUUUUUGCUGUGUAGAGCAAGAAAUAUUGGAAGUUUGACUUUCUUUGAAUGAAAUACAGUAACAUGUAUUUAAUAAUGUAAAUCAAUGUUAAUAUGAGAGGUGAUUUUAAGAGUUUCUUGAUCUCUGGCAUCACAGUUUGGUGUCAUAAAUCUUAUUCCUGAUUAAGAUUGAUGAAAUAAAAUAACAUUGAUGCAUUUCAUCUAUUUUGCAGAAACCUCUGUCAGUGAAAUUGAAGAAGCUUUCUUACAGUUUACAAAUAGAAGUGACAUUGCCAUUCUGCUAAUCAAUCAAAAUGUAAGGGUGCACACAGGAUUUGUACAGAUUUUUGGAUCCAGAAUUUAAGGCUUUUUCCAGACUUUUUUUCCAAACAAUUUAUUAUUUCUUUUCCCAGACUCAAGGUUAUCAAAUAGGUGAUCAACAGAGACCUUAAAAAAUGCAGGAACAAAGCUUUUUUCAUGAUGGGCUGCAAAUGUACUUGUGCGGGCAAGAUUGAGUAGGAUUUGAUCAAAACAGAAAAAAUGGCUCUCAUAAAGCACUUGUUGUAAAAUAACACUUGUUGUAGCUUUGAAAAAAAAAUAAGAAAAAGACUUUUACCAUUUUUGUAGACUUUGUAUCCAUUUUCUAGACUUUUUCUAGGUCUGGAAAAUUGCUGGGCUAAUUUCAAGACUUUUUUUUCAAGAAUUCAAGACCCUGUACAAACCCUGUACACGAUGUAACACAGCUUUUUAGUAAAUUGUAUAACCAUACUAUGUGUCAUUACAUCUAAAUUUCUAUUGUCCGAGUAGCUGUGCAUCACUUUCCCUUGGGAAAUCAUAUGAAGCUGUCUGGGAAAUUUGGGAUGGGAGGGGAGGGAAGGUGCAGGACAGUGCAUUACUGGUCACAACAUAUUGCUAAAAAUAUUUCAGGUGUUCACAGUUUUCUGAGAUUGAGAAUUUGAUACUUUCCCAAAAACUUCUCCCAUGGAAAUGAAGCUUAGUAAAUGCCCAGCAAAAGAAAAAAGGGGCAAGAAAAGCAAAAGGAGCAUAAAGGAGAUGCAGCAAAAGAUGAAAGUCGAGAGGCCUGUGUCAUUUUAAACCCAAACCUGUCUUGAAAUUUGCUUUCUGCCUCGGGGGGUACUCCCAUACAUUACCUAUACGGGUAUGUGCCGCCCAGCAGGGUCGUGAUUUUGAGGUCUAGAACGGGGUAUAAUAUUUCAAACGCAAGAAAGCUCCAGUUUUGUAAGCAGCCAUUUGAAAUUAUUCAAGGACAGAUUGCUUUUAAAAAUAUGGUUCAAUGCGUGUUAACAAGCAAACUGUUGUACUCUUGUUGCACCCUGAACGGAGUAUAAAAAACUGGCCCAUUUCUAGAACGGGGUAUAAAAAAUUGGCCCAUUUCUAGAACAGGGUAUCAAUUUUAGGGGAAUGUUUUUUUAGAACGGGGUGGCAAUUUGGAGUCCCGGGCAGCACAUACCCACCCAAAGAAUACCCAAGUGCCCCCCUGGGCUUUCUGCACAUGCCUGAAACUGUGAAAAAUAAUAUUUAGCAUGACAAACAAAAGCCAGUGUAAUGCUAGACUUAUAACCAUAUUGUCGGGCUGUUUUGGUCGUUUUUGGCCAGAUAAUGACUAGAUAAUUUCUUGGUAACUAGCUUCAAAGGUCGUUUUUGUUCAAAUUUCUAGGGCAGAUGGGUUAAAGGCGAUGUAUAAAAAUAUUUCUCACCCUUAACAUGGCUUUCAUAGAUACCUGCCUUCGAACUGUAAUUUUGAUUUCUAACCCUUUACACUGUUAUGAAAAGCAUACCUUUUUAAAGCUAACUGUUACUUUUUAAAAAUUACAUGUUUUCAGGUUGUACUGAAAUGAUGCUGUUGUUUUAUUUUGUUCUUCAUGGUCUAAAAUACCAAUUUUGAUCAGGUUGAUGAUAACAUGAAUUUGUGUUUUUUUAGAUCGCUGAGGAGAUUCGACAUAUCCUUGAUAGUUAUGACAAAGCCAUUCCAGCCAUUUUAGAGAUUCCAUCCAAGGAACACCCUUAUGAUCCUUCCAAGGAUUCCAUUCUUAGGAGGGCAAAGGUACUGUUUUUUUUUUCAUUUCAUGUAUGAAGAGUGCUAUUUAUAGUCUGCUACACAGCCGUUUUUAGUGUCGUCAUGCAACGCUCUUACUCCUUGCUAAUCAACAGUGGCAGAAGAGUCUUUUGUGUUCUCAUUACAUGUAAUUCCUGCUAUAUUUGAGUUUAAAACACAAUUGUAAAACUUGUUUAUGUACAUGUAUGUGUAGUAAACUGUUUUAAUAUUAGGCCAUAGGUUUUUCUUCUGUCUUGUUAAAUGUUUUUUUUUCUCACUUUUUAGGGUUUGUUCAGCGCAGAAGAUUUCAAGUAG